AUGUCUGGCAUCAUAUGGAAUGUGAGGGGGUUUGGGAAUUUGGCGACGCAGAGGAGGGCUUUGUUUCUGAGACGACAUCAUCAUCUGAGUUUCUUAGCAGUGUUGGAGCCUAUGGUUGAUUUGGACUGCAGGUAUAUGGCUCGGCGCAUGGGAUUUGAGGAGGUAGUCUCUAAUAAAUCUGGGAAGGUUUGGUUUUUCUGGGAUUCUACUAUUGCUUGCAGAGUUUUGUUUGACCAUGACCAGUUUCUACACUUGGAGCUUUCUUCGCAGCUGUUCCCUUCUUCUAUGAUUGUGACAGUGGUCUAUGCCAAGUGUACGAGGUUGGAGAGGAGCUUACUAUGGGAGAGCUUGGAGGAGCUGAGGCCAGAGGGAGACAGAUUGUGGCUAGUGGGAGGAGACUUCAAUGUCAUAUCUAGCAUGGAGGAGCACUCAGCAGGAGUUCUAGCCAGGCCAGGGGCCAUGGAGGAUUUCAAUACUUUUAUCAUGCUUGCUGGACUGGUGGAUGCAGGUUUUGUUGGGGACAGGUACACAUGGACGAAUAACAGGGUGUGGAAGAGGCUGGAUAGGGUCCUUUUGUCUCCCUCCUGGGGAAGUCUGGAUUUCACAGUCAGAGUGGAGCAUUUGAGCAGGGCAGCUUCAGAUCACUGCCCCCUACUUGUGGAGUUCCCAGGCUUCCAGAAGCCGAGGGCCUCCUUCAGAUUUCAGAGGAUGUGGGUGCGGCACAGGGACUUUAUGCAGACAGUGAGGCUGAAUUGGUGUCUACCUAGUGUGGCACAGGGACUGCAGAUGCUACAGAUGAAGCUGAGGAGGCUGAAGGAACAUCUGAAGUGGUGGAACAUGGAGGUGUUUGGUAACAUACAUGACAGGGUUUUGCAGGCUGAGGAGAGUAUGGCUGCAGCUGAGCAGGCAUAUGACAGGGACCCCACAGAGCAGAGCAGAAUUUACAGGUCAGAGUGUCAGGCUCAUCUAUUCAGAGUGCUAGACAUGGAGGAGGACUUCUGGAAGCAGAGAGCUGCUAUCAGAUGGAUGGGAGAGGGGGAGAGGAAUACAAAGUUCUUUCAUUCCACAGUGCAGAAGAAGAGGGCAGCUAGCAGACUUUUCAGAGUUUGGGAGGAGGGGCAGUGCCUGGACCAGCCUGAGAGGAUCAGAGAGUCAGGAGUCAGAUAUUUUCAAGAGCUGCUGACAGGGGAGAUAGUGGAUAGUACGGUGGUGGACACUGAGUUGAUACCCUCCUUGGUUAGUACAGAGGAUAAUUUGAUGCUUGAGGGGCUCCCAUCAGCAGAGGAGGUGAAGCAGGUGGUCUGGGGCAUGUGUCAGGACAGUGCAGCGGGUCCAGAUGGCUUUUCAGUGGCCUUCUACAGAGCUUGCUGGGAGAUUGUGGGGGAGGAUGUCCUUCAGGCAGUACUGGAUUUCUUUCGAGGGGCAGAGCUUCCACGGGGUAUGGCGGCUACGACGAUAGUGUUGAUCCCCAAGGUGGACUGUGUGCGCAAGUAUUACAAAAGUUAUUACAAUAACAAUAUAUAG